GCAAGGAGCAGAGAGAUUUCUGACAGUCUCAGGGAAUAACUACAGCAUCCACCUCCGAGCACACACUGCCUGGUCCCCGGGGGGAGCAGCGAGGAAGGGAUGUAGCCCUUUCUGGAUUGGAUGGAUUUAGGAACUCUGGGAUUGAACCUGCACCAAGCCUGGACAGUCAGCUGCAGGGACCAGUAUAAGGGCUGAUCGGAGCACCGUCUGCCGAUUGCACUCUGCAGAGCCGGGGAAGCUGCUCAGAGUCACAGAGACAAGAGAGGAAGCCAGUGCCAGAGAGCUCAGGCAGCCCACUGCAGGAGGGCCCGAAGUUUCUGAGAUGAGGCUGCUUCAGGAUGACUGAGGACACCUGCCCUGGGACGGAAGUGGUGGUGCCCCUCUGCCUGUGAAAUACCCUCCACACAGGAGAAGGGCCUGGAGUUCCAGACGUCUGGGAAGGGAAAAGAAGAUCCCGGGGGAUUAUGUAAUUCCCCAAGCUAUCGCAGAUCUGAAUGGAGACAUAUGCAGCCGAGGGGAUCAACGUAAAACCUAGUGAGGUAGAACUCUUUCACUGGUGAAGUUGGAACGGUGACUUUCCCACUGGGUCCCAGACUGUUUAUUCCUCAGUUCUUCAUUGCCCGUUGUGGACUUUCUGCAAGGUUCAGCUAUGACUACCUCUGCCUUGCGCCGGCAGGUAAAAAACAUUGUGCACAAUUAUUCGGAGGCGGAGAUCAAGGUGCGUGAGGCGACCUCCAAUGACUCCUGGGGCCCACCCAGCUCCCUGAUGUCUGAGAUUGCAGAUCUGACCUUCAACACGGUGGCUUUCGCGGAGAUCAUGGGGAUGAUCUGGAGGCGGCUGAACGACAGUGGCAAGAACUGGCGCCACGUGUACAAGGCACUGACCCUGCUGGAUUACCUCAUCAAAACCGGAUCGGAGAAGGUGGCCCAUCAGUGCCGGGAGAACCUUUACACCAUUCAGACUCUGAAAGACUUCCAGUACACAGACCGCGACGGCAAGGACCAAGGCAUAAACGUGCGGGAGAAAGUCAAGCAACUCAUGGGCCUGCUGAAGGAUGAGGAGAGGCUGAAGCAGGAAAGGGCUCAUGCCCUGAAAACCAAAGAGCGCAUGUCCACCGAGGGCACGGGCAUCAGCAGCAGCCAGCAGCUCUCCUAUGGCAGGCGGACAUCGCAGUAUGGAGAAGACUAUGGCAGGCCGAGGGGGUCUCCAUCAUCCUUUAAUUCCUCUUCCUCGUCCCCUCAGCAAACCUCAGACCUGGAACAGGCGAGACCCCAGACGACUGGAGAGGAGGAGCUGCAGUUACAGCUUGCACUAGCCAUGAGUCGAGAGGAGGCUGAGAAGCAGCCGCUUCCUCCAGCAACCAGCACAGAUGAAGAAUUGCAAUUGCAGAUAGCGCUCCGCCUGAGCAAAAAGGAGCAUGAGAAGGAAGUGAGGGCAUGCCAAGGAGAGAACUCACUGCUACAGAGGGCACUGGAAGAGACCCACAUGGGUAUCGAGGAGGAGAAAGAAGAGGAUAAGAUGAAGAAAAGUCAGUCCUCUAUUGUGGAGCUGGCAGACAUUUUUGGACCAGCGCCAGUAACUUCAACCCAUGUUUCAGCUGACCCAUGGGAUAUUCCAGGUCUAAAGUCCAAUGUGGAACCAGCAGGAGCUUCUUGGGUCCCCUCUGCAGACCCCUGGGCUCCAAUCCCUGCUGCUUCCGGGGAUCCUCUAAACCAGAUGGCAGCAUCGAUCAACCAGACCUCCACAGGGCCUUGGGAUCUUCCUCCCAUAGUCUCCUCCUCCUCCUCUGAUCCUUGGGAGAAGACCCCCGUCUCUUCAAGUCUGUCAUCAGCAGAUGCCUGGGUAAAGGCAUCCCCACCUUCUAAAGCUUCCGCUCAUGCUACUUCUGCUGCUGAUCCUUGGGGAGGUGUUGUUGACAAUCCUCCCAGGGCAGCUUCAGGUGAUGUCACUUUUGACUUGUUUGCGAAACCGCCACAGCCGACAGAGCAGCUGGAACAUGAGAGCUCACAGGCCCCAUCCUCUGUCAAGCCUAACAGCCCUGUUGAUUUGGACCUGUUUGGCGACCCGAUUCCCAGCACCAAGCAGAAUGGAGUUAAGAACACAGAGGUUUUUGAUCUUGCGGGCUUAGGAGACUCUCUUACUGACUCCGACAAAGAGAGGAAAGAUUGUAAAACUCCAGAGUCCUUUCUUGGCCCAACUGCCUCCUCCCUGGUGAAUUUGGACUCCUUGGUGGUUGCCCCCGCAACCCUGAAGACUCAUAAUCCAUUUUUGUCAGGUCUCAGUGCGCCUUCUCCCACAAACCCAUUCAGCACCAGUGACCAGAUCAAACCAACACUCAAUCAGAUGAGGACCAGCUCCCCAGUGCCAGGCAUGGCCAUGGGGAUGACCAUGAACUCCAUGACCUACAGUGCUUCACUCCCUCUUCCGCUCAGCAGUGUCCCAGUGACCCUCCCCGUCUCCAUGAGUGCCUUCCCGCAGGCCGGAGCAGGGCCGUUUCCACAGCUACCCAGCAACCUGCCUCAGCCUUUGUUGCCACUGACUGGCUCUGCUCUUCCCCCCGCCUCACAGGGGGUGAUGAACCCUUUCCUCUGAAGUCUCUGGAUCUGUGUUACGUGUAGUCUCUCUUGUCCCGCCCCCAGCUAUUAUGGAAAUCUUUGCGUGUUCUCAUGCAAAGGCCUUGUGGGCACAAGUUCAUUAGUUGUGAUGGAGGAAACUAUUCACCCGAAACUCCUAACCCAACACCUGCCCAGGUCCCAGAGACCAGUUAGCAUGAAUCUCCUUGCUUGAAGUGCUAUAGAAGUACCUGCUCCAACAGUGUGGGUAAAGGACGGCUAGAUCUGCCUCUAACGGCAAUAAGGACACUCCUGUCAUCAGCUGGCAUUCCCAUGCUCUGCAGAGUAGAUGGAGGUUCCCUAAGAAAGGGCUUUAAUUAUCUAGGGCCCUCCACUCUCCAGCACCGGAUGCUGGUACAUAGAGAGCCCAGUAUGAAGCAUCUUAACAGACAUUUUCUAGUCGCCAUAGAUCUCUUAGAGAUCAUCGUGGGCCCGUCAGUGGGAUAGAGGAAUCCUUCUGUCAUCUGCAUGGAAGGUGCAAUCACUUGCUGAGACUUGCAGCCAAAAUGCUUGCUGGAGGUCAGGAUGUUCCCAGGGACAGGAGGAGUACUCCUUAGAAUCCCUUUCCUCUGCCAAGUAUCGGGGUAGCCCUGUUAGUCUGUAUUCACAAAAACAACGAGGAGUCCGGUGGCACCUUAAAGACUAACAGAUUUAUUUGGACAUAAGCUUUCCUGGGUAAAAAAAACACUUCUUCAGAUGCAUGGAGUGAAAAUUACGGAUGCAGGCAUUAUUAUACUGACACAUGAAGAGAAGGGAGUUACCUCACAAGUGGAGAACCAGUGUUGACUCACUCUCAUAGACCUUGGGAAGUAGACCAGUCCUCGCUUACAGACAGCCCCCCCUGACCUGAAGCAAAUACUCACCAACAACUACACACCACACCACAGAAACACUAACCCAGGAACCAAUCCCUGUAACAAAGCCCGUUGCCAACUCUGUCCCCAUAUCUACUCUAGCGACACCAUCAGAGUACCCGACCACAUGAGCAACAACAUCAGGGGCUCGUUCACCUCCACAUCUACUAAUAUGAUAUAUGCCAUCAUGUGCCAGCAAUGCCCCUCUGCCAUGUACAUUUGGCCAGACCAGACAGUCUUUAUGUAAAAGAAUAAAUGGACACAAUUCAGACAUUAGGAAUGGUAACAUACAAAAGCCAGUAGGUGAACACUUCAAUCUCCCUGGACAGUCUAUAACAGAUUUAAAAGUAGCCAUCCUUCAACAAAAAAAACUUCAUAAACAGACUUCAAAGAGAAACUGCAGAGCUACAAUUCAUUUGCAAACUUAACACCAUUAAUUUGGGCUUGAAUAGGGACAUUGUAGUGGCUGGCUCACUACAAAAGCAAUUUUCCCUCUCUUGGUAUUGACACCUUCUCAUCAAUUAUUGGGAGUGGCCCAUAUCCACCCUGAUUGAAUUGGCCCUGUCAACACUGGUUCUCCACUUGUGAGGUAACUCCCUUCUCUUCAUGUGUCAGUAUAUUUAUGCCUUUAUCUGUAAUUUUCACUCCAUGCAUCUGAAGA